AUGGGUAGAUCUUUUUCCUUUCCCACAGCCUAUCAGAUAGUGAUUAUACUGGAAGAGAAUGGGAUAAGUCUUGAUGCACAGAGCCCUACAGGAGAAAAGGGAGUGGGAGCUAUAUGCCAAAGUAGGCACGAUGAUUCUUUUAUCAAUGUUGGCAAUUUCCUUAGUUUUCUCAAGCUUCAUUCUCGCCACAUUGAAUUACUUCAAAGCAGAAUGACAUCUGGACCUAAAAAUGCUACCCUUCAUAGCCAUGACUACCAGAACAGUAUGCUCUCAAUCCUUGCUAAGAGUGUAUUGGAUUACAUCAUCAAUGAAGUGAAGGAAGCACGUUAUUUUACUAUAAUGAUAGAUGAGACUAAGGACAUUAGUAAAAAGGAGCAACUAACUCUCAUUCUUCGCUAUGUCCUAAAGGGAGUCAUUCAUGAGAGAUUUAUCUCUUACUCCAACUGUGAAGAACUUAAUGCUGCUGCUCUCACUUCAUACAUCUAUGAUGUACUCACCAAAAAUGGGCUAAACAUUGCAGAUUGUGUCAGUCAAUGUUACAACGGAGCAUCCGUCAUAAGUGGCUCAUUAACUGGUGUUCGUACUAGAAUCCUUGAAGACAAUCCUAAGGCAGUAUAUAUUCACUGUCAUGCGCAUCAGCUCAACCUUGCAUUAGUUGACUGCUGUCAUUCUCUGUCUUUUGCCUCUGAUUUUCUUGCUCUCCUUGAAUCUCUUAUUCUUCUCAGAAAACAGAAAGAGUUAAAAAUGAGAGAGAUACAACUUGUUAAGUUGAGUGACACUAGAUGGUCAAGCAGACAUGCUUCAAUCAAGGCAGUUAAGACUACCAUUACUGCCGUUAUUGCAGCUCUGGAACAAAUGUCUGAUGAUAGUGGCACUCGAGCUAUUGAAGCAAGGGGACUCUUUUACCAAGUCAAAUCCUUCUCUUUCCUACUCCCUCUUACCCUCUUUGAAAAGAUUUUCUCCACAGGGAAUCUCUGUAACUUACUUCAGUCGAGGACCAUUAACUAUGCUGCAGCAGCUUUGUCUACUAAAGCUAGUUUGGAAACUCUAAAGAGUGAAACUGAGCGGCAGCAAAUAUGGGAUUCUGCUGUUGAACUGGCUGAGAAUCUGGACGUUACCAUCACUCCACUCCAAAUCAGAUCAAGAUGGCAAAGGCAACUACCCCUCACUCAGUUGUUGCACCAACUAUUGGUGUGA